UUUGUUAUUCCCCAUGUCCCAUUAUGAAGUCCUAACUCCUAACUUGUACAUGUAACAAGAGCGCUAGCUUCUUUUAAUUUCUGCUGCAAGAGCAAAGCCAUUGUCCUUUUCUUCCUUUUCUUUGGUCAAAUUUUAGUUGCCUUUCUCUUGUGAGCUCUGUACACGUUCUUGUCUUUUUCUUAUUCAUUCAGAUUCUGCGCGUUCCACCUCUAUUCUACCUCACCUUUACAUUAAUCACCCGGGGCCUAAACUCUCCUCUCUCUCUCUCUCCAACUCGUCCGAAUAACUUCCCGCGCACGUUAGCAACGCGUGCCGAAUUGCAUUAUAUAACAAACUCAUAUCACUUCCUUUUUUUUUUCCCUAAAGAUUAAAAUAUCUGUAUAUAUAAAAUUAAAAAACCUAUACAUUCUCCUGUUUUGCUUAAUCAAUGAAUGGUGCUCCGAAGCACGAACGCCGAUGGGCGUCCGACACUGUGCCGGAGAACGCAACCGUAAGUACCGGGACUUCGCCGGGAACGGAGUACUAUUCCUUCGCCGACGAGUAUGUUGAGGUCACUCUCGAUCUUCAAGACGAUCACACCAUCGUUCUCCGAGGCGUCGAGCCGGUGACUGUCAUUAACGUCGACGAUGGCGUCGCACCAAGCGGAAACGAAACUCCGGCAUCCUCUACGCUGUCGCCGUCGAUCAGGAGGAGCUCUUCCAGCAGGUGGCGGCAGUUCUCGCAGGAACUGAAGGCCGAGGCGGUUGCCAAGGCGAGGCAGUUUUCGCAGGAGCUCAAGGCGGAGCUGCGGCGGUUCCCGUGGGGCCACGGCGGAUCUGAAACGGCGUUGGCGGCUCGAGAUCUUAGGAAGCAACGCGCUCAGCUUGAACGCAACCGGUCAGGAACACAGAAAGCGCUCCGUGGACUGAAAUUUAUUAGUAGUAAGUCCAAUGGCGUUGAUGCCUGGAACGAAGUGCAGAGCAAUUUCAAUAGUCUUGCCAAAGACGGUUUUCUCUAUCGCACCGAUUUUGCGCAAUGCAUAGGGAUGAAAGAUUCUAAGGAGUUCGCUCUGGAACUAUUCGAUGCUCUGAGUCGUAGACGAAGACUGAAGGUUGAAAAGAUCAGCAGAGAUGAGCUUUUUGAAUUCUGGUCGCAAAUUACAGAUCAAAGCUUUGAUUCGCGGCUCCAAAUCUUCUUCGACAUGGUGGACAAGAACGAAGAUGGUAGAAUCACCGAAGAAGAAGUGAAGGAGAUCAUCAAUCUAAGCGCUUCAGCAAAUAGGUUAUCCAGAUUGAAAGAGCAGGCCGAAGAAUACGCAGCUCUGAUCAUGGAAGAGUUGGACCCUGAAAGACUUGGCUACAUUGAGCUAUGGCAAUUGGAGACACUUCUGUUACAGAAGGACACGUACCUCAGCUACAGCCAAGCACUAAGCUACACUAGUCAAGGUUUGAGCCAGAACCUACAAGGACUAAGAGCGAGAAGUCCGAUACGUAGAAUGAGUCGCCGAUUGCUCUACUAUUUGCAAGAAAAUUGGAGGAGACUUUGGGUUUUAACAGUGUGGUUUUCUAUUAUGAUUGGACUGUUUAUCUGGAAGUUCAUCGAGUAUAAGCAAAAAGAUGCUUUUCAUAUCAUGGGUUACUGUUUACUCACGGCAAAAGGUGCUGCCGAGACUCUGAAGUUCAACAUGGCACUUGUACUCUUGCCCGUCUGCAGAAAUACCAUAACUUGGCUCAGGUCCACCAAAUUAGCUUACAUUAUGCCUUUUGAUGAUAACAUCAACUUUCAUAAGACAAUUGCUGCGGCAGUAGUGGUUGGUGUUGUACUUCACGCCGGGAAUCACCUUGCUUGCGAUUUUCCAAGACUUGUAAAUUCGUCUGAAGAUAUUUAUAAGAAGUAUUUGAAUGGCGUGUUUGGUGAUCGUAGACCCAGUUAUGGAGACCUUGUUAAAGGGGUCGAGGGUGUGACUGGAAUUAUGAUGGUGAUUUUCAUGGCAAUAGCAUUUACUCUUGCAACAAAAUGGUUCAGAAGAAAUCUCAUUAAGCUUCCUAAACCAUUUAAUAGACUCACAGGUUUCAAUGCGUUCUGGUAUUCACACCAUCUAUUUGUAAUUGUCUAUGUCCUACUCAUCAUUCACGGUGUAAAUCUUUACCUCGAGCGCAAAUGGCAGCAUCAAACGACAUGGAUGUAUCUUGCAGCUCCAAUUUUACUUUAUGCGGGAGAAAGAACCCUAAGAUUCUUCCGUUCUAGUUUCUAUACUGUCCGUCUUAUAAAGGUUGCCAUUUAUCCUGGAAAUGUUCUAACAUUGCAAAUGUCGAAGCCGCCCCAAUUUCGUUACAAGAGCGGACAAUACAUGUUUGUUCAAUGUCCUUCACUUUCUCCUUUUGAGUGGCAUCCGUUUUCUAUUACCUCAGCCCCUGACGAUGACUACCUAAGUGUUCACAUACGACAACUAGGAGAUUGGACACAGGAGCUCAAAAGGGUAUUCUCUGCGGCCUGUGAGCCCCCGGUAGCUGGGAAGAGUGGGCUCCUCCGGGCUGAUGAAACCACCAAAAAAUGUUUACCCAAGCUAAGGAUAGAUGGACCUUACGGUGCUCCAGCCCAAGACUAUAGAAAAUAUGACGUCCUGUUACUUGUCGGUCUGGGAAUAGGAGCAACACCUUUCAUCAGCAUUCUAAAAGAUCUUCUCAACAAUAUUAUCAAAAUGGAGGAGCUGGCGGAUUCAGUCUCUGAUUCAAGUAGAGGUUCAGACCUUAGCGCUGGGAGUGCAGAUUCUCCAUCAUCUCUUAAUAAGAUUUCUCCUAAACGGAAGAAAACACUAAAGACUACCAACGCUUAUUUCUACUGGGUAACAAGAGAACAAGUUUCUUUCGAUUGGUUUAAAGGGGUCAUGAAUGAAGUUGCUGAACUUGAUCAAAGGGGUGUCAUUGAGAUGCACAACUACUUGACUAGCGUAUAUGAGGAAGGUGAUGCCAGAUCUGCUCUCAUCGCAAUGGUGCAAGCCCUCAACCAUGCAAAGAAUGGAGUUGAUAUUGUCUCUGGGACUAGGGUGAGAACUCAUUUUGCCAGGCCUAAGUGGAAGAAGGUUUUCUCUAAAAUAUGUUCUAAGCACUGCAAUGGACGGAUAGGGGUAUUCUAUUGUGGCGCGCCAGUUUUGGCAAAAGAACUAAGCAAGCUAUGCUUCGAGUUCAACGAAAAAGGCCAAACAAAAUUUGAGUUUCACAAGGAGCAUUUCUAAGGAAAUCUGGACGGAGCUUUUACGAGUCAACACGAAUACAAUACGACCCGUCAUUUUAUCAACUUGUCGUAGCCAGAUUAUAAGAUUAUACUCAAUAAGAUAAAACCUUCUGUAUAGGAUGUGAAGCAUUGUACAUACCGCCUAGCAAGAUGGCUGAGCAUUUCAUCAUACAUGUGGCGGCAGCGCAAAAGAGAUAUGAGCUAACUAGGCUCCAGCAAGAGUGUGGUACAGUUAAGUUGGAUACAUUGAACCGAUUUGUAUUCUGGAGGAUCACCCAGAUUACUUGCAGCUACAUCCAUGGAUAUAAACAGUUCUGAAAGU